GAGAGACGUGGGGUAGGGUGUGUGGGGGGGUCUGGCAGUCUGGCUGAAGUCUUGCCGCCUCCUCUAUAUAAACACACAUUGAAGGCUCGCUCAGCGACUCGAACUCACAUGAAACUGUAGGCUAUGUGAAAGAGAGGGAGAGGACGGAGUAGAAAAGAGGUAGAGAGACGAAUUACAGCCAUCUGAAGAUUUUUGCGCUCUAGUCUACAGCAUCCGAGCAGUAACUGCAAAGGAGUUUUAUUUCAAAUACCCAUUAUUCGCCUACCUUGUGACCAGAAAUUGAUUUGACUGAAUUAAGAGAGAUUAUUAGAGUUAAAGUUUUCUCGUGGGGUGAGAGGUUUUUGGACUUUUUCCCUUUUUGAGACUUUAAGACAAAACAAUUUUCCCUCUAAGAAUGCUGCUACAACUGUGAGCAGAUUUCCCACGUGGUUGCUUUGGUUUGACAAUAAUGUGUCAAACUUUUUUGAAUUACGGACGGAUUAUUUAAAUAGACAAACAUGGUAUUUGAAAUGAUUUAUCAAUAUUCAUCCCAGACGAUUUUUUUCCCUGCACUCAAUUCACUAAACACUUCAGUUACUUUUAAUAGUGGAGUCUGCGCUAAACUUUCUUAGGAUCCCUGACAGCACAAAAAAAGUUUAUUGUAGGCUACCAUUAAGUCAUUUUACAUCAAACCUCUCUUGUGGUUGCAUUCGCGUUCAAAUUCAAAGCUGAAUCCAAUAUUGCUGAAAUCCUGCAACUUACCAGGCAGUCAUUGAGGUUAGUUCGUUUCCUAAGAAGAUAACUUUGAUCAGUAUCCCUUCGUGUGUCGGCACCAUGGUCUUCGAAAGUUUUGACCUACUCUCGGCUCUGGCGACCCUGGCUGCGUGUUUGGUGUCCAUGGCGCUUCUACUGGCGGUGUCCCAGCAGCUGUGGCAGCUACGAUGGACCGCCACCCGAGACAAGAACUGCAAGCUGCCCAUGCCCAAGGGUUCCAUGGGAUUUCCCAUCAUCGGAGAAACCUGCCACUGGCUUGUCCAGGGCGCGUGGUUCCACGCCUCAAGACGGCAGAAGUACGGCAAUGUGUUUAAGACGCACCUGCUGGGCCGCCCUCUGAUCCGCGUGACGGGGGCGGAUAACGUGCGCAAGGUGCUGAUGGGGGAGCACAGCCUGGUGAGCGUGGACUGGCCCCAGAGCACCAGCACCCUGCUCGGGCCCAACAGCCUGGCCAACUCCAUCGGGGACAUCCACCGCAAGAGGAGAAAGGUGUUUGCCAAGGUGUUCAGCCACGAGGCCCUGGAGAGCUACCUGCCCAAGAUCCAGCUGGUCAUCCAAGAGACCCUGCGGGUGUGGAGCUCCAACCCGGAGCCCAUCAACGUGUACCGCGAGUCCCAGCGCCUGUCCUUCGCCAUGGCCGUGCGAGUGCUCCUGGGCUUCCGCAUCUCGGACGAGGAGAUGUGCCACUUCUUCAACACUUUCCAGGAGUUUGUGGACAACCUGUUCAGCCUGCCCAUUGACCUGCCCUUCAGUGGCUACAGGAAGGGUAUCCGUGCCCGAGACACGCUGCAGAAGAUGAUUGAGAAAGCCAUCCGGGAGAAGCCCCUGUGCACGCAGGGGAAGGACUACGCUGAUGCUCUGGACGUCCUGAUGGAGAGUGCCAAGGAGAACGGCGCCGAGCUCACCAUGCAGGAACUCAAGGAGUCCACGGUGGAGCUGAUCUUUGCCUCGUUUGCCACGACGGCCAGCGCCAGCACGUCGCUCAUCAUGCAGCUGCUGCGCCACCCGGCCGUGCUGGAGAAGCUGCGCGAGGAGCUGCGGAGCCACGGCAUCCUGCACAACGGGUGCCUGUGCGAGGGCGAGCUGCGCCUGGACACCAUCUGCAGCCUCAAGUACCUGGACUGCGUCAUCAAGGAGGUGCUGCGCCUCUUCACGCCCGUCUCCGGAGGCUACCGCGUGGCCAUGCAGACCUUUGAGCUUGACGGUGUCCAGAUCCCUAAAGGCUGGAGCGUGAUGUACAGCAUCCGCGACACCCACGACACCUCGGCCAUCUUCAAAGAGGUGAACGCCUUCGACCCAGACCGCUUCAACGAGGAGCGCUGCGAGGACAAGGACGCCCGCUUCCACUACCUGCCCUUCGGCGGCGGCGUGCGCUCCUGCCUGGGCAAGCAGCUGGCCACCACGUUCUUGCGCAUCCUGGCCAUCGAGCUGGCCAGCACCAGCCGCUUCGAGCUGGCCACGCGGACGUUCCCCCGUAUGGUCUCCGUGCCCGUCGUGCAUCCCACCGACGGACUCAAGGUCAAGUUCUUUGGCCUGGACUCCAACCAGAACGAGAUCAUGGCCAAGUCCGACGAGCUUUUGGGCGCCACGGUCUGAGGCGCCGGGUGAGAAGAGGAGGAAGGGAGGAAGAGCGGGUGGGGUUAAAUGUGGACGUACUGAAGAGGAUGUGGGCUCGAGCAAAAGAUCUCCACCCUCUCGGUGGAGCUUGUUUCUUUGCAGUUUUCUUACUCCUCAACUGACAGACCUUGUGACGAGUGAAACACUCUCUUGGGCUUUGUCAGUGUCACUUUCAGACUUCAGCCUGCCAAAAAUGUAUAGUCCUUGUUGUUUUUCAUACAAACACUUACGACUAAAAUCUAAAAGGACAAAUAUGUUUAACAGAGGAAAGAAAUGCAACGUUAGCUUGGAGAGAAACUCAUGUUUGAAUAAGUUAUGCACAAAUAAGUGUCUGUCUGCGUGAAGAGGGAUUUGGAGAGAAAAACGACAGCGA